AUGAGUGUGAACGUCUUCAAGGAUACCAUUGACAAUGUUUGCGCAGCAUUUGGAAUCUCUCGGCUUGACGGGGCUAUAUCCCUCCUAACGUCCUCUCUGGACAUCUGCAAAGGACGGGACGUCGCGAUCGACAAAAGCGCGUUCCCUUUGAUGUGGAAGUUCCUUGAUGAGCUGAAUGUAUGCGUUGAUACACAGCAGAGAGGAGAAGCUGCAGCGGCAACAGCGGGUUCCCCGAUGAGAGCGGACAAUGAUCCUGAAUGGGUUACACGGACGGCCCCACAAGAUACUCUCGUACCCCAUGAAGACGCCAUUCCCAUUGCUUCUUCAAUCCCGCAAGAUGAUAUUGAACCCACGGAAGUCGAAGAGCAGGCGCCGCCUGAAAGGCGGUGGGAAGAUCGAAUAUGGGAAGAGGAGAUCAACGAGGAAGAACAUGCUUUGGCUGUAGAAGAGAACCCCCAUCGCGAAUCACCCCCAAGGGACCUUGAACCAGAACCCGAACCCGAACCAGAGCCGGAGCCAGAGCCGGAGCCGGAAAUACCUUCUCAAAGGAAUAAAAAGUUCAAAGCCGCUGCUACUAUCAGUCGCUCGUCUUCAACGACGCAUAAUAAUGAGGCACCGAGACGAGAACGAAGUCCUAGGAAGGAUAAUCAAAUGGCUGGCCCGUCUGACGAUCCCCGCUUUGAAAUCACUAUCAUCGGACCAGGGGGCGCUUAUGCACAGUUCAAAACCCGUGGUAAGCAUCAAGUAAGGAAAGUGUUAGCGGCUGCAUGCAAAACAUUUGACAUGGACGAGGCACACUCGGAAUUGGUUCUCAGUUUGUCUGUGGAAGAUGACGAUGGAAAUUUUGAUGACCAUAGCUUUGUGUGUGUGCCUGAGGAGACUAUCCAAGAAAGCGGGGUAAAUGCUGGAUCUAAGUUAUACGUUAGGGAACGAGCACAGAGUGUGGGGUUGGAUUAG